CAACAAUCCUGAAUCUGCGAUAACGCGCAAAGUUAUUUGUGUGUGUGUGUUGCGAGUGAUCAGUGAAUAUUAUUUUAUAUUGUAAUUAUUUGUUAGGGAAAAUAAUAGUGUAACCAUAAUAAUGUUAUCAGUGUUGCUCCACAAAAUGUACACAGAAAUUCCGCAAAGUGGCAGCAGCGACGCCUUUUAAUUUAAGGCGUUUAAUUCUUGAUUUACCUGAUUUUCGCUAUGUUGAAGUUUAAAAAAAUGGGUUCAGAUAAAGUACCGCUUCUUCUGGUGACUGCUAAUGUUGGAUCUAUUUUCGAAGACCCGUCGGUGCUGGUCCCGGUGUGGACGGCAGAGUUCCUGCAGGCUAUCAGCCGGCUGGAGCCGCGGUUCGUGGCUCUUCACCUUCAGGAGGUGGGCGGGAAGUCGUACGAGCACUCUGCGCGCCACGUGCAGGAGUUUGUCAGCCGCCUGGCCAGCAGUCCCGAGCUGAGGCCCUUCGACAAGCUGCGCGUGUUCCUAGACGAGGACUUCAGCUCGCCCGACAAGUUCACGGCACUCGGCAACAUGUACUUCGCGCACUCGUCGCUGACUGAUCUCAAGCUGUGGGACUUCGAGAAGAGGUGCUUCGUGGAGGUGACCGGCACGGAAGUGAACACCGGCAACAUCGAGAAGGUCACCACCAAGGAGAAGGUCAAAUUUCCGCAGCACUUCUUCCCUGAAUGCAAGUGGUCUCGCAAGGGUUUCCUGCGCACGCGCUGGUGUAUCCGCGGCACGGCGGUGGAGUUUGUCAACAUCCACCUGUUCCACGACGCCUCCAACCUGAUGGCCAUGGAACCCUUCCCCUCCGUGUACUGCCGCAGCCGGCGCCGCGCGUUGCGGCACACAUUGCGGCACCUUCACGCCGAUGCGCACGCAGCUCCCUACUUCAUGUUCGGGGACUUCAACUUCCGCACCGACACCGCCGGCGUCGUCAAGAAGGUGACAGACAGUUUGUCCGCGUACCGAGUUCAAAAUGGCACCAACGUGGACUCGUCGAAGCUGCAGUAUCGGUCCAAGGACGACAGAAUCGUGCUGACCAUCGGCAAGAAGGAGUUCAACCACGUGGACCACCAGAAGGUGUUCAGGGAGCCCUGGUUAUCAAAAUAUGACCGCGAGCUGGAGGCGCUCAAGCCACACCUGUAUGAGUUUCCGGUGAAGUUUCCCCCGAGCUACCCUUUCGAGGAAGAUAUUCAACUACCCACACAUUACAUGAAGACUAGAUGUCCGUCGUGGUGCGACCGCGUGCUGCUGUCCCAGUCGGCGAGGCUGCUGCUGCAGGACAGGGCGGAGAACAGGGUGCACGGCUCCAGGAAGUCGGUGACGGAGUCUGACAGCGGCAGCGGGCGCGUGUCGUCCUCCGACAGUAGCCCCGCGCGCUCCGCCUCGCCCGCGCGUCGCACACACCAGUGCAGUCCGGUGAAGACGUUGGAGAAGAAGAGCAGUGCGGCGGAACUGAACGCGCUGGCGGUGCCACCGGGCGCCGGGGCCACCGCUGUCGGCAGGAAGAGCAUCGCAGAUCCCACCAGCGUGGCGCGAGCCAUCAACGACAGAGUGUCGGAGUCGGAGGCAUCGUCGGGUCGCCGUAAACUGGUUCGCAACCAGUCGGAGGGCUCGCCCAAGUGCGGAGACACGUCCGCAGAACUGAGGCGGCUGGUGGAGGCACCCACGCGACGUCGGCACGAGUACGGCGUCAUCGGGGACACUGCCUGCAUGGGUGACCACAAGCCAAUUUACUUACGAGUGAUGCUGCAAAGCGAUCGAGGUACUGUAGAGUGUAGCGAGCACAGAGUGCCCUGUGUUAUAUGCGCGUGCGCACGGCUUGCCAACCCAAAAGCAAAACUGUCCCGAAAUCCGACCGACCCCGACCUUAUCGCUAGUAAAAAAAUUAAAAUAUUGACAGACAGCCACCCGGACCAACUAUUAUCUGACGAUCGAAUAAAAAGAACCCGCGCCGGCUCGUUGAAUGAGACAAUAUUCCGGAUUCCGUUCGUAGAAGUCACUAGUGCCGACUAUUCAAGUUUCGAUGACAUAUUUGCCAACGAAAUCAACUCAUCCCUUUUGAGUCCCGUGCAAUGCUUAGAUCCUUACACGCCGGAAAGCGUGGACUCCCACACACCCAACGCCGAAGCUUCCGGCUCGGAGGACCAAAUCCUGAUAAACGAUAUCGUCAACUCGAAUAUUGAUAUAAAAUCAAGUACAUUACCAAGAGACCGAAGCGUGUCGCCAACUCAGCUUAAAAAUCGACUCGAUAAACUCCUACGUGGGAAAGAGAAGCCCGAGUUGAGUAGAUUGGACAGUCGCGAGAGUUGCAAGUCGGAUAAUAGUGUGAAGGGUGGCCUGUGUUGUUUGGCGCUGAAGUGUUACGGAUUCUGUAGACGGAGCGCGCGCAGUUGUAAAUGUAGUUGCUUCAAAUGUUGCACUUGACCUUUGUAUUUUUCGCCAGAGCCAUACAGAAAAAAAAACUAUCAACCGUCCGUCGAGCCAUGAAUGAUGUUUAUUCAAUCUACGUAAGAAAUCAAUAUUAGGUGUGAUGUACUUAUGAAUACCUAUUCUAUUUUUAAAUUUACUUUUUUUUUCUCGGAUGGCUAUGGUUUUAGCGUAGUUAGCUAGAGUAGGUGAACCUUUUUGGUUAUUUAUUUUUAAUUGACGCUUAUUGUGAGCUGCAUGCAAUUAUUUACGCGUGCGUAUUGUUAUGCAAUGUUAGUGUAAGUUGAUAUGUUGAUGUGAAAGCUAGUCGUAUGCACAUUCUCCGUUAAUAAUUAUUAUUAAUUAGUAUUAUCCUAACAUGAUACAGGUUGUUGUUUGAUUCUGAAUAUUAUCUCACUUACAAGGAUGGCCUUAAACUUAAUUGAAUACUUUAAUAGUUGAGAGAUAUAUUUGUAAAGAUUUUUCGAAUCGAGUACGACAGUGUUUUUCAAUCUGUGGGUCGUGCGUAGGACCCCUGCGUCCCCAAAGUAGAGUUUGGUGGUCGCCAAGCAUCUUUGCCGCCGCCAUGAUCGCCGGCAGAAGGAAAAGGGCAAGUUAGACUGCAAUUAAAUCACAAUUAUAAAGGAUGGGCUUGUAUUAUUGGACGUAGAUCCUGAAAGACGUUCCAAGCCACAUUCAUCACAUUUUAAGGAAUUCGAGUUUAAAGUUUAAUCAAUAUUAGUGUAUUCCAUACGUCAUGUGGGUUGGGCUCCUAAGUCAUGAUGUCAUUUAAAGAGUGACAGUAGGGCUGCCAUUUUAUGUCGGUCCGUUAAUAUGAAUCACGUGACCAGUUUUGUGUUCUUAACUCAAUUUCGACAUGUUUGUAACGUUUUUCUAGAAUUACGUCCAAUUUUCAAAAAUUUCUCAAAUGGUGGUGCUUUUUGAAUUCUUAACAACAACAAUGUUUUCUAAUUUAUAUAAAAGUCUAUUUCUCAUUUUAGUUUUAAUGUCGACCAUUGAAGGGAAUGUCACACAGGUAUGUAUGAAGUGGCAAAAGGUUUACCAGUGGCAGGCUCCUUUGCACAGGCUGCCGGCUAGAUUAUGGGUACCACAACGGCGCCUAUUUCUGCCGUGAAGCAGUAAUGUGUAUAGUGCCGCUCAGAAUUUUUGGGGUUUUUCAAUAAUCCUGAGCGGCACUGCAUUGUAAUGGGCAGGGCGUAUCAAUUACCAUCAGCUGAACGUCCUGCUCGUCUUGUCCCUUAUUUUCAUUAAUAAAAGCUUGGUCCCCUUGCCAGCUCUGGAUAUUAUUGAAUUUUAUAUUAAUUAUUAAUUUGACUGAUAAGGAUUUAUACAAAUGACUUGGGCUUUCUUUAGUGUUAAUUCCGCCAAUAUUUGUUUUAAAAAAACAAACAAUUCGACACGUGUUUCGCCUCUACACGAGGCAUCCUCAGGACGUGUUGUCUCGCCAAAAUCUGGCACGAGACUUUUAAUUUUUACACCAAACUAUUCAGAAUAAAUAACACCCUGUAUGUAUGUAUAAUUUAUACCAAAUUGUAAUAAUCUAGUCUAGGUGAACUCAAGUGACUUAAUAUUAACUUAAUACAUUAUAACGGAACUUAAUUACCGUAAAAUGAAACGACGCGUAACUUAUUAGUAAUACUAUAGUAUUUCUAAUUAGGCUUGCUAGCGUGUGAUUUUGUAUCACUGGCCUUUAUAAAUUCCACUGGACAGGCUGUUCCAUAUGUUUGACAGCAAAUUUUGGUCCCUCUUUGAAGCGCCACUCGCGAGCGUCCAGAGAACUAAUUUUGACGUAUAAUACAAAUGGCUGCGCAGGAACGUACAAUACUCUGAAGUGUUUUUGCAUUUUCAAAUUAAUUUCGUUCGUUUUCCGUGUUAUUUAUACUUCAAGAAUCAACGUAAUAAACUACACAAUUUUACUGUAAAUAGUUUCCCACCAUCUAUCGUUGUUUCUUGUUUUAGUACCGCACUAUUAGGCUCUCGCUACAUGGCCAACAGCGCCAAAAUGGCGAAUAUCAAACAGGCACAAAAGCACUUUGACAGCCGCCGGUCCAGUGGUAUAUAGUAGGGGUCAGUGUUUUGUAUGCGAUGUUUAGUUGUUUAUCUAUACAUAAAGUUUUGUUUUAUGGAUGUCAUUUAUCUAUUAAUGAUCUAGUAAAGAUCGGAAUAUUGUAUUUACAUCUUUUGAAAUUAAUCCAAUUUUCUGUUUGUAUUUAAUUCUUCCCGAUUUCCUUCCCACACCGGUCUAUAUAUAUGUUUGAAAAACGGGUAAAUAAUUCGGUACAGUGACUGCAAAAGUUGUUUGAGGCUCAAUUCUCUAUCCAUAGUGGGAUUUCUAUUAUUGUUAGCUUUCAGCGGAAUUAUAUAUUUUAUUGACUUACCGUUAUUUGAGCUUCACUGCAAUACCCUUGUAUAGGUAAUAGUUGUAAGUGUAAAAAAUGCAAUUUAUUUGAGGUGUGACACUCACGGCCGAUAGAGAUAAAUUAGUACCUUCUACUGUCAAUAAUCUGAAGCUGUCCCAUAUAUCGUCAUUCUUAUCGCCUUGUAUUGGGACGCGUGAAUUGAAAUUUCCAUACAAACUUCUAUCGCUGGUAAGCUAUACGUCGUCCCAUUGACAGACAGCGUGUACGGAUAAGGUGGGUUGCUGUCGAUAAGUUUAUUGGAACAGAAAAGUCAACGAUAGUUACGAUUUUUAUCUCAAGUAAGAGAUAGAUUGAAUAUUGGGAACGGCCGUUAAUGUACUUCUUAAUUACUUUUACAUUGCUCGUUUUAUUUUUUUAUUCAAUUGUACUUUUAUUUGCUAACGUAACAUUAUCCUAUCUAGAAAAUAAUUAAAAUUUCAAUUUAGUACCUAUUUUGUAAUGCAUACCGGUAUCUUAUGGAGUUUUCAAUUCUACUCCCAAUGAUAAUGCAUUUAUUUUUGUGAUGUACUAUACUCUCAACAAAACUAAUAUGUACAUAGUUAUUUUAGUGUUGCCAGUAAUCAAUAUAAUGUACUAGCUGACCCGACAGACGUUGUUCUGUUCAUAGUAUAAAAAAAUUGCAGGUGGGAUUUUGUAAAAUCUGUUCUUAGCAUUUUACAACACAAUCUAACACAGAACACGACACCAUUAUAUUAUUUGAUUAAUAUCCGUUAAAACACAGAACAAUUACGAUAAAAACAAUGCGGUCCAAUUUGACAGGAGACUAAUGGACACUAAAUUGUUUUCAUGGUCUUUAUCUAUUCUAGUCUCUUUCUCACACCUAUUUUUUUAUGUAAGUAUAGUUAUCUCACUUUCACACAGGGUUAGUAUACUACAUACUAAGUUUAUGCUUGAGAAGGUAUUUCUGUCCCUCUCCCGCGCGUCCGUACAAGUGUAGAGAUAAACUUGGGGCAUUUCCUGUACUUCGAUAAUGAGCACAAUGUCUUAGUUCUUGUUUGUGGAAACUAUUGGUAUUGGUAAAGGGCUCCUGUUUCUGCAACUAGACCGCUUAGUUGAGUCCAUUUUGCGUGCAGUGUUAGCCAGGCAUUCCAACCAGCCCAGCUCCUUCCAGGAGUACACUCCUGGAGUGUUCGCAGACCUCCUGGAUCGACCUUGUAUUUACUAAGGUUUUUGCCCGAUGGUUGGCCACCCUAGCACAUUCCAGGAUUAGGACUGUCCGUUACGCCGAUUGUAAAUAGGUGCUUGUUUAGUAAUGUGUGACCCGUUAGGGUGCCGACCAUGAUUCGGAUGUCAUGUUUAUUUAGGCUAAUAAGUCGACGUGUCAGUUUGGGCGAUAGUGCAGGAAUCGCCUCUUUCGGCUGUCUGUUUGCGGACACUGUCGCGAAUCAAAAAAUAUCUUGAAAAAAACGCCGUGUAGCACAAACCCUGUGGUUCCCGUGAGCUAUGUUAUAAAGAUCGAUAUUGAAAUAUAGGAAAUUUGUAAAAACUUGUAGUAUUCAAUUGUCAAAUAAAAUAUUAAGUCAGUAUCAUUUGUAAAAUGAAAAUAAUUUCUAUUCCGUCCUGCGUGUUUAUAUGCAAAGAUGAAUCUAUACAUAUCGUCCUAUUAGAUCCAGUUGGAGGCUCCUGUACACCGGAUGCCGGCGAGAUUAUGGGUACCACAACGGUGCCUAUUUCUGUAGUGAAGCAGUAAUGUGUAAGCAUUUCUGUGUUUUGGUCUGAAGGGCGCCGCAGCUAGUGAAAUUACUGGGCAAAUGAGACUUAGGUAACAUCUCAUGUCUCAUGGUGACGAGAGCAAUUGUAGUGCCGCUCAGAAUUUUUGGGUUUUUCAAUAAUCUUGAGCGGCCCUGCAUUGUAAAGUUGAACGUCCUGCUCGUCUCGUCCCGUAUUUUCAUUAAAAAAAUCGAAUUUUUAGUGACACGAGUUGAACAUUUUUUAUUAUAAAUCGACAUUAUUGCUUGGUGUAAUUUUUGACCGUAUACAAGCGUUCGGAACCGUACGAUAAUUAUCGUACACAUACGAUAAUUUUGUGCCUACGUAGUAUGUACGAUAGCAUAUUAUUAUCGUACGCAGAUUGUACGAUAAUUUCUAUCAUGAUGCAAAAUUUGAGAAUUUAUAUUAUUUCACUCAUGCGUUGAUAGUCUAAAUCGCAGUAGCAUGAUUUUAUUUUGUCCAAUAAAAUCUUGGGAAAAUACCGGGAAAUACAAGUUCUCUAUUCCUAUUGGUCCUUACGAUCCACUCUACUAAGUUUCACCACUGCCGAUACUGUAACUUUAUCCAGCGCCUGCUGUACACGCUUUUUUAUUGGUUAGUAUAGCAUCUACCAAUGCGAACAAGAGAAUAUAAGUUCGAUAUUUCGAUUAUGUUCACACUUCAUAUGUAUCGUAUAUUUUGUGUAGAAAAGUUGGCAGUUAUUUCGUUAUAUUAUUAUGGCUUAGCCUUGGCGCGUUUAUUGAACUUAAAGUGGAAAGGGAAUCAGUUCAGGUCUGUACCACGUGUAAAACAUUUGGGUUUCAGUGUUCUGUUGAUUUGACAGCGGUGGUUUAAAAAAGAUAAAAUACUCUAUAUUUUAUCUUGCACUUGCAUGCAUAUCAAUAUUACAAUUUAUAUGAUUUAUUUAUCUAUAAUAGACAUUAUCCUAAAAAUACGAUAAUUUCGAUCCAUGUACGAUAAUUUUACGCCCCUGGUACGAUAGUCAGUCCACUUCAAGUUGCUAACGCUGCCGUAUACCUUCAUUAUAUUUCGUGUUAAGCGUGAUGUGUGUGGUACAAACCUUAGACUGUUUAUACGGCUAGAUAGUCUCUUGCUGUUAGACAACCGAUAAAAACAGACCAGGAAUAUUAGUUUAGUGUGCGUGACAAGCUUCGUCUUACACUCGCGAUUUGUGUGACACUUUGUGUUAGUGUGCCUGAAUUGCUCAAAAUAGAGGUUAGUUCUAAAGUCUAUGUUUUUUUCGACGUUUUCACAGCUGCCAUAGUCAAUCUAGACGUAAAAAUGGUCCAAGGUACAAACUUUGUACAACUACGCUAGCGACAGUUGUAUUUAUUUUGUCGCCGGUGUCACACAGGCAGGAGAACUCAGUCAAAUCAUAACCAAUAACACUGUUUUAUUUAUAAUCUCCUAAUUGUGUGAUAAAAUGUGCAUUUUUUUAAUUGUACUUAUAAGUAUGUAGGAUGCUUAUUAAACAUUCCCAAUGUAUAUCUAA